AUGGAUAUGUAUUUAAUUAGACCCUUGCGGCGUGGCUACAUGGCCCACUUGGAUUAUCAAAUGCGUUUGGCCAAUGCGAAAUCCUUUCAAACCAUGUUUAGCAACAAAUUCGAUUUUUGUAACACGUUGGGUAGCAUGAAGGAUAGCAUAAUAAAGCAUUGGUUCAAGAUAAUGAUGCAAUACGGGAACAUUAUGCCAAACUGUCCCAUGGAGGCCGGGCACUAUUAUAUCCGCAACUGGACAAUGGGAAGUACGAUUGCGCACAAGUUCCUUCAUCCCGCAGAAUAUCGAUGCAUUGCCCGUACCUAUUAUGGCAAAUACAAGUCCAAGACGGAGGAUCAUGUAAUCACAUUUCAAAUAGAAGCAGAGCUGAUGAAUUAA